AUGCUGUAUGUGCUUUACUUCGGUUUCUGCUUGCUGGCAUCGGUGGCUUUAGGUGAAAGCUGCGAUUUGAAGCGGUUGGAAUCGCUGUCAGGGACACUCAAAUAUGAUGCCACGUCUCUGAAUCAGUACCAGAAAAUCAUAGCUCAAUUGGAUAGAUGUACGACUGAUCAAGAUGGUGAGGAUAUCCAGAAAGGCGUAUUACUCCGCCGACUGUACUACCGUUCGGGAAUCAUCCAGCUUUCUCUUAACCAAGGGCUGAACGCCAUUGAAUCGUUCGAGCACGCUGUGGACGGCGACGAUUCGUUCAGCGAUCUGGCCAGGAGCAGGCUAAGAAAGUUGUAUGUGGAGUUUGGAAUGUGGGAUAGAAUCGAUAGCUCCGAUGACACUCGUCGCGCUUUUAUGGAUCUCGAGCGUUCAGCGCGGUCUAGAUGGGCAGCUAGCCAUGAUCACUCACUGAUCGAUGGGGAUCUACAUAAGUUGUUGGAAAUAUCUCCUUCUUGUCUCAAAACCAGGUCGCUCCUUUUGGAGACACUGUUUCACAGGUUGGCUGGAAGCUUAGACGUUUUAAUUGGCCAUGAAAUCAUAAGAAAUUAUGAACGCUUGCUCGAGACUCAUGGUUCCAGAUUUACAUUAGACAAGAGACUGCAUAUCUACCACUCAUUGGCAAUUAUUCAAGCUUUCAUAUUGAACACCGAGCCAACCCAUCUCAGGAAAUGCCUCGCUCUAGAUAUGGAUUACGAGCCCUGCAGAAGAUUGGCUCUUCUCAACAACAAACUCAGUAAGAUCAAUCCAUCUCGAUCGGAGGUACUGGAUCCGGAUGUCUACGGGUUCGGAAACAACGCUUUCGAUUGGCAUAAGCUGGUGUCCUUCUACCUUAAAGACCAAACACCGUGGAUACGAGUUGCACGACGUUACAAGAACAACUAUGAACUGAUUUUGGCGGAAGUUGCAAAUGCAAUCGAGCAAUUGCUGCCGCGUGGCAUUGUCACAGGGAGACCUAAUGCGACCGAUUUUACGAAGUUUAUUGACAUGGCUCUUUGUCAAGCUGCCUCGGAAAGCGCUACCGACAGGGUUUCAGCUCAACCGUUUUGCAAGCUAGCUAUGAAGGAAAUUCUUCCAAAGGAAACAAUAGAACAGUUGCACAAAUCCGCCAAGAAAGAUGGUCUGGAUCUCGAGCGCAUCCUGACAGAAACGUGGCAAUCCUAUCCACAUUUGGCCAUCUAUAUGAUCCAAUUUAUCCUUGAUUCGCGAAAAGGCGUCUCUAGUGUAGUCGAAGACAAGCUCUAUCACUUUUUCCAGCAUCAAGGCUUAAGCAAGUCUUCCAAAAGAUUAAUUCAGAGCCUGUAUCAUAAGCUCAGUAGUAUGAUAAGAAUCAGGAGACAGAAACAGCAGCAACGUCAAGGACAGCACCAGCGUCAACGCCAACAGCAGCAACAGCAAUGGUUCUACAAUCAACAACAGCAACAUCAGCGCCAAGAGCAUACUGUGCCGCCUAAUGGUCCUCGAACUGAUCGAGAUUAUUAUAAGAUAUUGGGGAUACCGGAGAGUGCAAGUUCGAAACAAAUUCGAAAAGCUUACCUAGACUUCACGAAGAAAUACCACCCAGACAAGCAAGGACAGCUGUCUGAGGAGGAAGAGAACAAAGUCCACGAGAAAAUGUCACAGAUUAACGAAGCUUACGAGACACUUUAUGAUGAUCAGAAGCGAAGAGAAUACGAUCAAGCGAGAAGUACUUUCAGAAGCGGAUCAACGAAUCAACACAUGUUUAGACAAGGCAGUCCCAGAGGUGGCACUUCAAAAUUUGGCAGCAAUUUUGCGAUGAACUUCAAGCCCAAUUUUAAAUUUAAUUUUGGUUGA